GUCGUUAAGCCACUCGGCGCGCACUCUAUCGGUUGUUGUAUUCGGUUUUUUGUCGAUACAUCCGCUCUAGUCUGCGUGUGUAUUAUUUAAAUUAUUAAUAAAGGUAAAAUAUGCUCAAUUAAUGUGCUAGCCAGUCUGUCGAACGACAAUCAUGUUGAACGGAACUAAUCACUCGGCUCUGCGCGGUUUACUGUUGCUUCGCCGUCGCCGGCAAAUCACUUCCAGCACAAAUCGAGAAGUUCACAAGCGAUGGAAAUCCAACGUCGUCGGUUUUGUCGGUCUCGGCAACAUGGGCAUACCGAUGGCAAAAAACUUAUUGAAAAAUGGUUAUACGGUCAUCGGUAACGAUGUAAGUGCCAAAAGGAUGGAGCUGUUCCGAGAAGAGUCCGACGGAGCUGCCAACACUGCAGAUACCCUCCAGGAGAUUUCAUCCAGCACCGACACCGUUGUGACCAUGUUACCCGAAUGCGCCCACGUACUCGCAGCUUAUUCUGCUCUACUCGAAUCGUCCAAAGAGAAUCAAAUGUUCGUCGACUGCAGUACAAUCAGUCCGGAAACGUCCAUAAAAGUGGCCGAAAUGGCCCAACGCAAAGGGUGCCGGUUUCUGGGAGCUCCCGUGUCCGGAGGGGUCGUCGGAGCCGCAAACGGCACUUUGACCUUCAUGGUGGGAGGCCAAGAAGACACCGUGAAAGCAGCCCAGGGUCUGUUCGAUUCGAUGGGCUCGAGAACGGUGCACUGUGGCGCCCAAGGGACAGGCCUGAUCGCCAAGAUAUGCAACAACAUGAUACUGGGAAUGACCACGGUGGCCGUGGCCGAAGCCAUGAACUUGGGCAUAAAGUUAGGUCUGGACCCCAAACUGUUCGCAUCCAUCAUCAACACGAGCACGGGCAAGUGUUGGUCGUCGGAAGUCAACAAUCCCGUACCCGGAGCUACGGACAACAAGUGCCCGAGCAACAGCGAUUAUCAAAACGGCUUCAAGUCGGUGCUGUUACUGAAAGACAUGCGCCUGGGCAAGUCGCUGGCCAUCAGCUCUGGGGCGCCGAUACCUUUGACCGACAAGACGGUGGACACGUACGAACAGCUGACGGCAAAGGGGUUGGGCGACAAAGACUUCUCGGUGGUGUACAAAUAUUUCAGGGAAACGUAAAUCCCGAAUCUGCAUUACAAUUGAAAUCGAAAAAAGGGACAAAGCAAAAAUUUACAAAAAAAAAAAAAAUAUAUAUAUAUAUAA